AUGGAUCAUGAGAAACCAAUACCUUUAAUAAAAAAUGAAGAUGAAUUAUCUAAAUGUAUUGAAAUAUUAAGGAUAAAAAGACAGGAAAUUCAUGAGCAAAUUUUAAAGGAAGAAGAUAAGGAAAGAAUGCAGAAGGAGAUAGCCAUGUUAAAUGAAAAAUUACAGAAAGUUUGUCAUAGUAUAGCAAAAAAAUCGCAAACACGUUUAGAAUAUGAUAGAACAAUUAAGGAAACAUCUGCAGCCUAUUCAAAAAUAAGAGAAUCUGCUAAAUCAUUAUUACACAUUUUAAAAAGAGAAGAAAACCAUUUAGGUAGUAAACUAUAUAGUGGUGUAUCAGAAGAUGAUUUAAAAUCACUCAGAGAAUUAGGAAAUUUACGUAAGUAA